AUUGACACAAUGUACAAAAACUUCUGAAUGCUCUAAAGUAAAAGUUAACACUGAACACGAUUUAAAUGUUUCAAUAUUAUUAUUCAAUGUGUAUCAUAGAAACAACAUUUACAUAAAAAACACAAUUAAACUGUAUUGAUAUCAAAUAAACAAAAUUAUUAAAUUUUAAAUUUAUCUAAAGAUUUAGAUAUUUCUAAACGUAUUUUUACAAACUACCCAGUAUCCCACACUAUAAAUAAUCAUGUCUACACAACAUAUACGUUUUUCUCAAUCAAAAAUGUUGAGAAAAAUGUAUAGGAGAGAACUACUAGAAGACUAUGAUGACUACGAAUAUUCCAGAAAAUCAUUUUUUACCAAGAUCGACAGUAAUUUUAAUAUUUUGAAAGUACAAAAAAUUAACAACCCUCAACUGUAUGGCUUAUAUUUAUUGCAUAAGGAAGAGAUGAAACUAGAUAAUAGCAUCGGUGACGUAAGAGAGGAGACAUUGUUUCACGCAACAUCCGUAAAAAAUGCGAAAAGUAUUGCUCGUAACAAUAUUGACUGGCGAUUAACAGGGAGAACCAGAUUUGGAAAAGGUGCGUGUUUUUCACCGAAUGCACCUUAUGCCCAUCAAUAUGCGGGCAGGAAGGGAGCAUUUGUAGUUGUGAAAGUGCUUGUAAAAAAAUUUGAAACAACAGGCAUUAAUUACGACCUAGAAAUACCUUCGACAAACUGUGACACUACACUAGGAAACGAGGGAAACGUUUAUGUCAAAUACGACGAUCAUACUUUUAUCCCGAAAUAUAUUGUUCAUUAUUCCUAAAACAUAAAAGUAUUGACGUUUUUAAUUUCAAAGCGAUGCACACACGAACAUUUUAAUCGGAUUUAUAAAAUCAAAAUUAUAAUAAUGAAUUAUUUGAAUAUACGUUGAUUUUAGCUAAUUAUAA